AUGGCAAAUGACAAGGAUCCACUGAAACAGUUGAAAGAUCUGACACAGCUCAAAAACCAGCUGGAGGAGAUCCAAAGGCGAGUGGAGAACGAAGUCUCCGUGGGAAUCCCUCAGGGAGGCUCAGUGUUGGGAUCUCCAUUUCUAAAGGGCUUCCUGGCUGGCUAUGUGGUGGCUAAGCUACGCUCCUCUGCCAUCCUGGGAGUGCUGCUGGGAACAAUCACUGGCAUCUAUGCAGCACAGAACUAUCAAGUGCCCAAUAUUGAAAGGACUGUGAAAGAUUAUAUGAACAGCUUGAAAAAAGGACCAAAGUAAUUU